GUGACAAUGUUGCGAAUAUUAUUAAUUGUUUCGUCAUAUUUAAUGACUUCUCACUGCCUCACUGUUAGUGCUGGUUACACAGUGGGAACACGAAGCCGCGAUUACAAUCCAGGAAGCUAUAGUACAUCGGGAGGGUUCGUCGGUCUAUCAUCAUCAGGAUCCUCGCAAAGAUCAUCAUCAUCACCAUCAUCAUCCUCACAAGGAUCAUCAUCACUAUCAUCGUUAUCAAAAGACACCCACGCGGACUUAACGGAUCAAUUAACGAGUAGCGGUAGUUACGGAGGAGCCGGAUCUCAUCGAUAUUCAACAUCGACUGGCGGUCUCUCUACCGGUGGAAGUGACGAUAACACUCAGGGACUUGCCACUGGGUACUCGUCCUCUAAUACCGAUAACAUAAAUAGUAUCUCCAGUCCAUACACAAAUACCAAUACUAAUACUAAUUCCAAUGACAUAUACACAUCCACGGAUGUUAAUCCAUACUCCGGGUCCUCGGACAGCAGUUACGGGAGUGCCGGGCAUGGAUCUCAAUCAUUAUCAAAUUAUGCUAGUCAUUCUAUUGGUGCUGACCACAACUCGAUUGACUACAACUCUUACGGUCCAUCAUCAUCAUCAUCAUCAUCCUCUGCGGGCGGUUUUGGCCCGAAAGUUUCUGCUUAUAAUCCCAAAAAUCACCCUCACGGUCACAGCGGCCACUACGGAAUCGGUUCGGGGAUGAAAUUUCUUUCUAAUCCGCAUCCCAAUUACCCAGCAUCGAAUCAUUUGAAUUCGUACCAAGGACACAUUGGUGCUUACUCCGGUGGAAGGCAUGGAGGACCAGGAUUGCCCAGCCCAGCUGCUCUGACAAGUCACGGCAGCCAUGGAGGACCUGGUUUAAAUUACCCGGGAUCGCACGGGUUCAACGACGGACCUCGUUACUCUGGAUCUUCAGUUAAUUACUUAAGCAAUCACGGUAGUGGUCCGGGAAAUUUCAUCCAUGGUGGCGGACCUUCUUCUCCGGUUCAUCGCAAUAUACCCUCAUUUUUACUUGGUGCUGCUUCAAGCGUUAACCCGACAUUUGUCAAAAGUCCGUCUUCAUUUUUCUCGGGUUCGUUUGGUCCCAAAGUCGGAAACAAAUUUGUAAUCAUAAAAGACGCCGGUGGUGCUGGACCGAGUCAUUUGAUGCAUCCGGAGACAGGAGGAGGAUUUUCCGGAGGAAUGUUUGCUGGCGCUGGUGGUUACAAGGUGAGGAGUGCGGGGCCGUACUCUGCGGGUUCCACGAAUCAUUUUAAUAGUGGGAACUAUCCAAGUCAUGCCGGUCACGCUUCGUCGAUAGGAUACUCAGGUUCUGUUGGACAUCACCAUGCUCCUGCGGCAGCUUCUUCUGCGACUGGAUCUUAUUUUGGAUAUUGA